AUGUCUGACCAAGAGAGCAGAGAGAGCUACGGAAGCGACGAUAAAACAUUUGAAGAGCACAACGAAGAAGUUUUAUUGGAAACUGCUGAUCCCGAGGGCAUUGCAAAACAGCCGGAAAUUGAAGCUGAAAAACGGUUUACAUCGCCCAUCAUGACAAAGUUUGAAAGAGCAAAGAUACUGGGAAUAAGAGCGCAGCAGAUAAGCAUGUCUGCGCCUAUUAUGGUGGAGUACGGAGACGAAACAGAUCCCGUGGAGAUUGCAAAAAAAGAGCUAAAAGAAAAAAAGACGCCCUUGAUAGUCCUCAGAAGACUGCCAGACUCUACGUACGAAAAGUGGGCGGUUAAAGAUCUGAUUAAUUUUUACGACUGA